UGAUUCAACUGUCUGCAACAUGGGAAACUUCAUGGGUUUCGUGAAAGGAGGAAUGCCAUCUACCCAGAUGUUGAACCUCUUGCUGGGAACGCUCUACAAACAAUUCACAGAUAGAGAAGUCAGCAACUUCGACCAGUUCCAUAUUGCUAUUCUCGAUAUUUUGAAUACUUUCAACUCUGCAUUGCCUGGGAAACAUUACGAUGCUCCAUUACACAGGGAAGUAGAGGAGUGUUUCAACAGAUGGAACAAUGCAGACGAAGAAUCUGCGAGAAAGAAGGUAUUUAUUGACUUCAUGAAGGGGAAAGUAAAGCUCAGCCAGUUAGAUAACACUACAAUGAUCACCGGGUUAGUUGCACCGCCGGCAGCCAUGGCGGCUAAGAGAGCAGGAGAGAUUCUGCCACACGUGAGUAUAAUUAAGGCCGUUCCUGAUGUCAUCUUUGUGCCUGCCGUGACAAUGGCUGCCUUGAUGACAUCCAAGCUCUCCAGGAAGAUUUUCAUGCAGAACCUGCCAUCCUGAUUGUCGAUUCGCCUCGAAGCACAUGCAUUUGAAGCUCAUGGCAUUUAGAAACUUGGAUGUCAGCUGUGAAAUUUCUAAUAUCGGAAGUGUAAUGUACUUUAUCAAUGUCAAGAAUAAUUGAUUUCUGCCCCA